GCUCUUUCAUCGAGAGCCGUCUCAAUUUCAACAAUUUAUUACUUCACUGUUAAAUAAAACAACUAUCAGAUAUAUUUAAUUAAAUAACAACUUAAUUAAUUGAUGUUAUCAUAGAGUAAUUUUAAAAGCACAACUUCAUUUAUAAUUAUUCAUAAUGUCGAGUGACUCAAUUAAAUCGUUUAAUAGUGUAGAAACACCAGGAUUUGUUGGGUUUGCCAAUUUACCUAAUCAAGUUCAUCGAAAGUCUGUUAAAAAAGGGUUUGAAUUUACUCUUAUGGUUGUAGGAGAAUCUGGACUUGGUAAAUCAACAUUAGUCAAUAGUUUAUUUUUAACAGACUUAUAUCCUGAACGUAAUAUUCCAGAUGCUGUUGCUAAAACUAAACAAACUGUGAAAUUAGAUGCUUCAACCGUGGAGAUUGAAGAACGUGGGGUGAAACUACGUUUAACAGUAGUUGAUACACCAGGCUUUGGCGAUGCUAUAGAUAACUCAGAUAAUUUUAGUGCUAUAAUUCAUUAUAUUGAUGAACAAUAUGAAAGAUUUUUAAAAGAUGAAAGUGGACUUAACAGACGACAUAUAAUUGACAAUAGAGUUCAUUGUUGCUUUUACUUUGUAUCACCAUUUGGUCAUGGAUUAAAGCCAUUAGAUAUUGAAUUAAUGAAAAAACUACACAAUAAAGUUAAUAUUGUUCCAGUUAUAGCUAAAUCAGAUGUCCUUACUAAAAAAGAAAUACAAAAACUCAAAUCAAAGAUAUUGCAAGAAAUAGAUGAAAAUGGAAUAAAAAUUUAUCCUUUACCUGAUUGUGACAGUGAUGAAGAUGAAGAUUACAAAGAACAAGUAAAACAAUUGAAGGAAGCUGUACCGUUUGCAGUAUGUGGAGCCAAUCAACUUUUGGAAGUUCGUGGUAAAAAAGUUCGUGGAAGAUUUUAUCCUUGGGGUGUUGUUGAAGUUGAAAAUCCAGAACAUUGUGAUUUUAUUAAAUUACGCACUAUGCUCAUUACUCAUAUGCAAGAUUUGCAAGAGGUUACUCAAGAAGUUCAUUAUGAAAAUUAUCGUUCAGAGCGUUUAGCUAAAGGAAUUCCAGUACCAAAAAGAACAACAUCCCUUCCUGAACAUGAAAGGAAUGCAGGCAGUGAAAAAGAUAGAAUUUUGCAAGAAAAAGAAGCAGAGCUAAAACGUAUGCAAGAUGUCAUUGCUAAAAUGCAAGCUCAAAUUCAGCAACAAACACCAUAAGAUAAACAUUAAAGUCAAUAUAAAGUAACAUUUAAAUUACUAAAGUAUGACUUGACUAUAUGUUUUAAUUUUGAACUGAAUAUAUAAUGUACUAAAUAAUUUUUUUUUCUAAAG